AUGCCGCCCAAGGUGGUCGCCGUCGCCGCGGGCGAGGCCCACACACUCGCCCUCACGGGUGACGGGCAGGUGUACUCCUGGGGCAGGGGGCCGUUCGGUCGCCUCGGGACAGGCCGCGAGGACGACGAGCUGGUCCCCACCGCGGUGGCGCCCGCGGUCUCUGCCGGCGGGACACCGCGGCCCAAGUUCGUCGCCGUCGCCGCUGGUGCCUACCAUAGCCUUGCGCUGGACGAUGAAGGUUCACUCUGGUCAUGGGGUUACAAUCUCUAUGGUCAACUGAGCUAUGGGGAUCAGAAUUCCCUUUUUCCAUGUUUGGUUGAGCAAUUUCAGGAUCUAGGUUCUCCUGAAACACUGAAUGAUGAAGACCAGAACACACGUGAUAGGACUUGUUUAAAGCUGUCCUCUGUCAAAGCAGGUGGCAUGAUGUCAUUUGCCAUAGACAGUUUGGGGGGCCUUUGGAUGUGGGGAAGUUGCCCACAGCAGACUGAUGCUGGAGAGUUUUGUAUUGCGAGUAGCUCUAUCCCACUACCUGUGUGGGAUUUCCAUGGACACACUGUUGUUAAGGUUGCCUGUGGUAAUGAGCAUGUAGUAGCUGCAGUUAGUGUUGGCGAGACCUAUACUGAAGGUGACCUUGUUUGUUAUGCUUGGGGAAAUAACAACCAUGGUCAGUUGGGUCUAGGUGACAAGGAAAGUAGAUCCCGUCCUGUGCUUAUCUCAGCAUUUAGCGAAGGAUCUUCUUGGGAGGUGUAUGAAAUUGCAUGUGGGGCUUCCCACACUGCAGUCCUCGCCAAUAAGAAGUCUUCUGACCAGAUAGAAUCUCGGUGCUGGACAUUUGGCCUUGGUGACAAGGGGCAGCUUGGCCAUGGAACCACAGCCACCAUUUGCUCACCACAACCUGUCGAUGGACUACCAACCGGAUCCUUCCUUAUUUCUCUUGACUGUGGAUUGUUCCACACAACCGUAGUCUCCUCUGAUGGAGAGGUGUGGUGCUGGGGAAUGGAGAGAGGUCUUGGACUGUGCCCAGAUGCUAGCUUUUCGGGAGUCGAUGAAGGGGAUGCUUUAUAUCCAAUAAGGAUUCAGUCUCCUGAGACAAAUGGGUUCAAGUUUCUUGGUCCAGUGCAGAUCACCUGUGGAGCUGCACACACUGUUCUUGUUGCUGGUGAUGGGUAUAGGAUGUGGGCAUGGGGCAGAGGCCGCAGUGGUGUGCUUGGGAGAGGCCAGACUGCUGACAGUUACAUACCAUGCGUUGUGAUGUGGCCUCCUCUUGAUGUGAACUUCCAAGAGAUCCAUGAGGACCAAGCGGGAGGAUCAACAUCAAGAGUGAAUGAUCGCACUAGCACUGAGUUGAAUCAGAAGCUAUCUGCUGCCUCAGAGGAGUUACAAUUCCUAAGGUCAAAACUGACACUGAUGGAGAGAUAUGCCAAUAUACUUCACAUCUCAAUCUUCCGUAAGCCACUUGAUGAACGGGCGCUACCACGUUCACUUCAGGAAUCUUCUGUCUUUGAUAUCAGAAAGGAAUUUGAGAACAUUUUGGAUGCAGCAGACACUGAUGAACUUAAUCGUUUGGAGAUCUUCUACCACAGCAUGCUUUCUGGCAUGAAAGACAAGCUUCUGAAGAGAAGAGUCCAAGAGAUGGUCCAACAAUGCAUUAUUUCACUCUCAGCAGGGAGGCAAAACCCUCAAGAUAAGUGA